AAAAUAUGCAUCAUUCUAGAUUUUUUUCCCUCUAAAAAUUUAAUAUCGUGAGAGGAGCUGGAUGAGAUUGGGUGAGUUUUUUGUGCACGAAAGGGUCAAAUUCUAACGGCAGGAGUAAAUAGAACAAUGUUGGAGGUGAAUUCGUCAACAGGAAGGCAUGGCGGGGAGGUACAAGAAGUACAGAGGACAUGGGAAAACAUCAGAGAAAACGUGGACAGUACACCUACCAUGGUGUUCUCCGUGAUCGGGGAUUCUGACAGCUUCGUCCCUAAACCCUGGGCUAAAACCGUCUUUCAAACAGCUUUAAUAGAAGCGGCUAAAAGCGGCGGAGAGUCAUGGAUACUUUACCGUGGUCAUAAUUUCGGAGUCUCUGAAAUCAUACGUGAAGCCUACGGAAAUUACGGGGAUAUGGAGUUUGGAACAGAUAGCAAGAAAGUGGAACUGAAUGAAAAAAAGAGACAUAUAAAGCUAAUAAGCAUUGCAGGCAAAGAGUCUCAUGAAGGAAUGCAGGAGUUUGAGGCAGAGGAUAAAACACCGGAGUAUGGAAUCAAUUUUGGCGCGGGGGAGGAUUUCCUUAUGGAGUUUGAGAAAUAUGUUUCAGAACAAGAAGUAUCAUUUUUUAGCCAAAAAAUCGAUUUUAAAAUGCCUGUUCCUAUUGCAAUCUUAGUUUGUGAAGGUGACAUUGAGACUAUUGCACAUACAGCAGGGGCACUGAUAAACAAACUACCUGUCAUCAUAAUGAAAGGAUCGGGGAAAGCUGCCGAUUUAAUACUAGAUUAUCUAGAGAACAAUGAUUUGCUGAGAAAGAAAGCCAGCUUGUUGUUUGGAAUACGAUUUGACAGCAAUAACUACGAGAAAUUGAAAGGCUACCUAGACACAAUUAAACAAAAGGAAGAUCUGAUAGGUGUAUUUGACGUGAACACUGACGAUCCUCUGAUGCUGUCUAACAUUGUGGGAGAGGCCGUCGUCAGCUGCUGGGCCAUGGAGAAAAUUCUAACCGAGGAAAAUCAAAAUCAAAGUAAAAAUGUUGAUGUCAAUAUGCGACCUAAGACAGCAAUUCCUAAUUCACAAAAGAAUGGGAUUACAAUAACUGGUUCUUCACUUGCCUGGAAAUUAUUGAGAAGGAACUCUGUCCGACCUGCCGAGGAUAUAAUGAAUCAGUUACUGAAAGACUAUAAAGAAGGGUCCAGAGUUUAUGUUUUGAAUCCAAAAUAUACGUCACCUGCAUCCCUGCCUCUGUAUUUCUAUUUUGGAUACCAAAUUGUACAAGAAUCUAAGUUACUAAAACAAUGUGGAAAUAUCCUAUUGUUUGAAGCACUGAAGGCAAAUAGAUGUGACUAUGUCAGAGUUCUUCUUGAUCAGGGUGUGAAAUUGAAACUCGAAAAUUUGCCAGAAUUGUAUGAGCAGACCGUGUCUUGCAAGGAUUGUAAAUUCAAAGUGGAUGACUGCCUUCACAUGCAGUGGAUAUUGAAGCAAAUCGAAGGAGAGCAUGCAAAGAAUCUAUGUCAUAAACACAGAUCCUACAUUAAAAAACUAAAAGAAACAACAGAUACGAAAAAAAUUGAAAAAUACACAGAAAAGACAACGAAGCUUCAUACAUCAGUGGCAGAUGCAGCAAAAGGAUUGUGUAGGAAAAUUCUAAGAUAUAAAGAAACAGAAGAUGAAUCAACUGAAAAUGGCGGCGAUAAAAACUCAGAUGCUAAAAUCUCCGACAUUUUAUUAUGGGCCUUGUUUGCAAACAGAAGGGAGCUUGCGGAAAUUUGCUGGCUGCGAAGUGAAAAUCAUCUAUUAACAGGAUUGGUUUGCUCCGCUGUUCUCCAGAAGUUGUCAAACAAAGCCGGGAAUGUGAAGGAACAAAUAUUAUCAAACGAUCUACUUGAACAUUCUAAGAUAUUUGAGCAACGUUGCAUAGCCAUAAUGGACCGUAUGUAUGAAGAAAAUACGAAGCACGCCAUAGAUCUGAUGGAUGACGAGGCUACUAUAUGGGGAAUACACUCAAGUCCUCUGACGUUCGCCUAUGAAAACUUUAUGUAUGAUGUAGUGGCUCACACCUGUUCCCAGAAAAACAUGAACAAACAGUGGUACAACAACCUGGCUCCUGACCUGAAACCAUUCCUAAAGUCUGCAUUCCGGAAACCCAAAAAGUUUUUCACAGCUCCUCUUACGAAAUUUGUUUAUAAUUAUAUCAUGUUUUUCUCCAUGUUGGUGAUGUACAGCGCCUUUGUUCUCACGAGCAUUAGUACAAAGUACUACGUCCAAGAUAUAGCCAGAGUGUUUGAAUACUAUGUGUAUUUCUGGGGUGCAGGUGAUUUCAUAGAGGAACUUAUCAGUUGUUUUGGCUGUCUUGAAUCAAGAGGCCGAUCACAUCGAGGUUACUACUCAAGAAUGAAGAGAUAUCUGUACGACUUCUGGAAUGUGGUCGACUUAUUGUCGUACGCCUUACUGAUCACAGCUUUAUUUGUACGUCAUUUCCAUCCCUCAGAGACCUUCACGAUCGCAAGGAGAAUGUUCUCUCUCUCCCUUCUGGUCAUGUACCUGAGGUUCCUAGAAGUUUUUCUCAUCCACAGGAGAAUGGGGCCAACGCUUAUCAUGAUCAAAGAAAUGCUGAAGGACCUAUUUAGUUUCCUGUUCCUAGCGAUGUUUGUCGUUUUUGGAGUUGGUAUUUACUACCAUGCCAAUCUAUGGCCGGAUCAUCAGACAAUCUGGAGCGGUGAUUGGACCAAUUGGAGAAUUUGGACAAUUAUUUACUACCCUUAUUGGCAGCUAUAUGGAGAAUCAUUUAGUGAUUUCCUUCAAGGCGAGGAUCUCUCGGACUGUACCAAUAUAACCUCUGUCUGGGAGGCGGAUCCAUCUAUUGACCGCUGUCCACAGGAGGACUGGACAGUCUUAGCUGUCUCAGCCUUCUACAUGCUCUUCUCUAACCUUCUGUUGGUCAACCUAGUCAUUGCCAUGUUCAGCUACACCUUUGAAAGGGUACAGAACAAUGCAGAGAAACUAUGGCGUUUUGAGAGAUACACGGUGAUUAAUGACUAUGAUUGGAGAAUUCCAUCUCCUAUCAAUCUCAUUUUCCUCCCCUAUCGCUUCUGUUGCUGUCCUGGUAGAAAGGGAUGUUGCUUACAUAAAUGUAGGGAAUGUUGCUGUGAGAAAGCGGUAAAAGAGGAAAAAACGGAAACGGAAAAGGCAUUGAAAUAUCGUAAAAAUUUCCAAAAGAUAACAGCAUUCAAAAUACGAAAUAAUAUGUAGAAAGAAAAUUGGUUAUUCUUAACAAUGCAAAAAUGAAAGUGAAAAUGUGAAAAAGACAUUACCAAUGUUCAUUAAAAAAACUGUAUUGUUUCGUAUGUGGAAAAGCUCCUCAAACAAUUUUGAAAUUUUAUGUUUACUUAUUUAUUUGUCAUACCUGUGAUUUAUCCAUAUUCCGUCCUGGGAAAAAAAAUUAUUGAGUUUACGUAUAACUUUUAUCUGCAAUAUGAAACAAGAAAUGUGUUUUAUUAGUUUUUAUGAUAUUAAUGAAAUUGAAUAAAUAUUGCCUAAA